UUCCUCACUCACUCAGCGCUAUCUGACGCUGUCCUUCUUCCUCACACACUCCUCUCGGAAUCUUCUCAUUUUUUCGCUCCACACAAAACAUGCAGGGAGGAGAGGAGGGGGAAGGAAGAAACGCGUCGGAGGCGACAAGAGAGAGAGAGGAAGCAGAGAAAGUUGGUAGAGGAACGAAAGGGCAAGAGGAGAGGAGAGGGGUCGACCAGAUGGGAGGAAGGAAGGAUAGGAUCUCUCUGCGGGCUCAAGUGCGCGAUUAAAGGAUUCUGCAUGAAUAAACAAAUAUAUGAAUCAAAGCCUAUAAUAACAAAAGAGCAGUAGGCGCGCCUCCGCUUUGCGUGGACGCGGACAAGACAGCGGCGGUGCGCGCUGAAAACAGUCAAGUCCUGUCUUUCUCUGUUUGGAUUUUGCUCCUCAUGUUCUUCAAACUCUCGGCGAGGUUCACUUACUUUUGAGGUCAGUGUCUGAAAAACUUUCCCUCCCCUCGGCCUCCCAAGUCACCGUCUCCCCGGAAAAGAAACCCCAGCUCCGGGGUGGAAGGGAAGGAAGGCAGAGCGUUUUUGGUUCCUUCCGAGGAGACCAGCUCGCCGUAGCCGGGGUUUAGGCGUUGGCACCCGGGCAGGCAGUCCCUCGCCAUGGCCGGGGCCAAGCCGGGAGUACACGCGCUGCAGCUCAAACCCGUGUCCGUCCACGAAGCGCUGAAGAAGGGGGGCAAAUUCAUCAAAUGGGACGAGGAGCCCAACAGCGGCCCCCCCACCCUCGUAACCCUGAAAGUUGACCCAGAUGGAUUUUUUCUCUACUGGACUGGAGGAUCCAAUCUGGAAGUGGAGAUUCUGGACAUCAACACCAUCAGGGACACCAGAACAGGAAAAUACGCCAAACUACCAAAGGACCAGAAGCUGCGGGAAGUGCUGGGCUUCGGUAAGGGUGAUAACGCUGAAGGGAAGCUGGUAACUGUCGUCUAUGGCCACGACCUGGUCAACAUCUCCUACCUUAACUUCCAGGCUAUGCAGGAAGAUACAGCCAAGAUUUGGACAGAUGAGCUGUUCACUUUGGCUACAAACAUACUUUCCCAGAAUGCAUCGCGGCACACCUUCCUCAACAAAGCGUACACUAAGUUAAAGCUGCAGGUGAAUCAGGAUGGGAAGAUUCCUGUAAAGAAUAUUCUCAAGAUGUUUUCAGAUAAAAAGAGAGUGGAGACGGCUCUGGAGCAGUGUGGCCUCGUCAAUAACAGGGCAGAGGGAAUCAAGCCAGAUGAUUUAACGUGGGAGGCCUUCCAGAAGUUUCUUGACAACCUCUGUCUCCGGCCUGAGAUACAAAGCAUCUUUGAGGAAAGUGGUUCCAAGAGGAAGCCAUUCAUCUCUUUGGACCAGUUGAUGGAUUUCAUUAACCACAGGCAGCGAGACUCCAGACUAAACGAGGUGCUGUACCCCCCGCUGAAAAGAGAGCAGGUCCGACAGAUCAUGGAGAAAUAUGAGACCAACGCCAGCCAGCUGGAGAGAGACCAGAUCAGUUUGCAGGCGUUCAGUCGGUAUCUGGGAGGAGAGGAAAACAGCAUCGUACCUUCAGAGAGGCUGGAUAUCAUCGACGACAUGAACCAACCGCUGUCUCACUACUUUAUCAACUCCUCACACAACACAUACCUCACAGUGGGUCAGCUAACCGGUCUGUCGUCAGUGGAGAUGUACAGGCAGGUGCUGCUGACCGGCUGUCGCUGCAUAGAGCUGGACUGCUGGAAGGGCCGGCCGCAAGAUGAGGAGCCCUACAUAACACACGGGUUCACCAUGACCACUGAGAUCCCCUUUAAGGAGGUGAUUGAGGCAAUAGCAGAGAGUGCUUUCAAGACCUCACCAUACCCCCUCAUCCUGUCCUUUGAAAACCACGUAGAUUCGGCCAAGCAGCAGGCAAAAAUGGCCGAGUACUGCAGGACCAUCUUUGGAGACGCCCUGCUCAUUGAGCCACUGGAGAAAUAUCCUCUAGUCCCCGGUCAGCUCCUCCCCUCACCGCAGGAGUUGAUGGGAAAGAUUCUCAUCAAAAACAAGAAGAAGCACCACCACCAACGACCCUCGAGUAGUGGCAGCAUACGUCGCAGAGAGCUGGAGGGGCGCUCGUCACCCAACAAUGACUGCCCUUUGACAGACAGUGAGGGAAGCCAGCUCCUAUCUAACGUGGAAGAGAAGCUGGCUGAGAGGAUGGUCAAAGACUCUGAGCCUCGCAAAUCCAUUGGAGGCGAGGGAGAAAGUGAGGAGGAUGAGGAGGAUGAAACAGCGACGGAGCUGAAAAAGCCAAACUCCGAUGAGGGUACCGCCAGCAGUGAGGUGAACGCCACAGAGGAGAUGUCGACUCUCGUCAACUACAUUGAACCGGUCAAAUUCAAGAGUUUCGAGGUGGCAAACAAGAGGAGGAAGUUCUUUGAAAUGUCGUCCUUGGUGGAAACCAAAGGCAUGGACACCCUGAAGAGCUUCCCCAACGAGUUUGUCGAGUACAAUAAGAAUCAGCUGAGCCGAAUCUACCCUAAAGGAACAAGGGUGGACAGCUCCAACUACAUGCCUCAGCUCUUCUGGAAUGUCGGCUGCCAGAUGGUGGCGCUUAACUUCCAGACCCUUGACCUCCCUAUGCAGCUGAACAUGGGGGUGUUUGAGUACAACGGCCACAGCGGUUACUUGCUGAAACCUGAGUUCAUGAGAAGGACAGACAAACACUUUGACCCUUUCACAGAAAACAUAGUGGACGGGAUAGUUGCCAAUACUGUAAAAAUUAAGGUGAUCUCAGGCCAGUUUCUGUCAGAUAAAAAGGUUGGCGUAUACGUGGAAGUGGACAUGUUUGGACUUCCUGCUGAUACAAAGAGAAAGUACAGAACCAAAACAUCCAAUGGGAACUCACUGGACCCCGUGUGGGAUGAUGAAAUGUUUGUGUUUAAUAAGGUGGUCCUCCCAACACUGGCCUCUCUGAGGAUAGCUGUGUUUGAAGAAAACGGAAAGUUCAUUGGACACCGGAUCCUUCCUGUGUCCGCUGUGAGACCUGGCUACCACUACAUCAACCUGAAGAAUGAGCUGAACCAGCCCCUCUUCCUGCCCUCGCUGCUGGUUUACACUGAAGCUCAGGACUACAUCCCUAAUGAACACCAGGAGUACGCAGAGGCUCUGACCAACCCCAUAAAGCACAUCAGUCAGUUGCACAAGAGAGAGACACAACUGGCUGUUCUCUUAGAGGACAACAGUGAGCAUGUCCACAACCAGCCGAAAGAGAGAGAGACAAAGGGAGAGUGUGAAGUCAUUCCAGGAAGUCGACUCUCCUCCCCCUUCCACACGCUCCCCCCCUGUUCAUUGGAUGAAACCCCUGUCAUCAUAAAAUUACCUGCACCGGCACAAAGUCAGAAGGAAGACCUCAUAAGCACUGUUCUGGCAGAUGUCCAGGCUCAGUCUAUAGAGGAGUUGAAGCAGCAGAAGAGCUAUUCAAAGCUAUUGAAGAACCAGAGCAAAGAUCUCAAAGAGAUGCGAAAGAAACACCUCAAGAAGGUGUGGAAUCUGAGUAAAGAGCAGAAGAGUCGGACUAGCAAGCUUCAAUCUGACACCCAGAGGAGACGCAGUCAGAUGGAAAAACACCUUAAAUCUAGCAUCAAGAAAAACGAGCCCAAUGAGCCGGUGCAGCGUGAACUGUCAAAGUUGGAGCAGGAGCUUGAGAAGCAGACGGUCCAGCUGAGGGAAUGGCAGAUGCAAGAACUGCUAAAGCUCCGACAGGAGCUUCACUUACUGGAGAGAGAGAAACAACAAACACACCUGCAGGAGGCCUUCCUGAAGUUAAAGGAGACGGCCAUUGAAUGCCAAGCAGCUCAGCUGAAGAAGCUGAAGGAGACAUGUGAGAAGGAGAAGAAAGAGCUCCAGAGGAUCCUGAACAGGAAGCGACUAAACAGCAUCAGCGAAGCUAAGUCCCGUGACAAAGACAAGGCUGAAACGGAACUGAUUGAGAUCAACAGGAAACAUAUUCAAGAUUCUGUUGCCUUAAUACGCGGGCUGGAGCAGGCUCAGACCAGGAGACAGGACGAGCUGAUGCUGAAGCACCGGGAAGUGCUGCAACACAUAGAUGAUGAACUUCCACAGCUCCAGUCUCAGUUGGAGAAGGAACUAAAUCAGGAGUAUCAGGGACUACAGCAGGAAAUCUGCCAGCACCUUCAGUUGGAGCUCCAGAACAAAGGUCUCCGAAAAGACGCCCUGUUCUCGCACUUGUCCAACAGCAGCCCGAGCCCCAGCUCCAGCUCGGGUCGGCCCUCCAACUGCUCAACACCCUCUUACCCGUCAACACCCAAUCAGAGCCCCCUGAACAGGAGCAUGGACAAUAGCACUGCGUCAUUGGCCGAUUCCACUUCCUCGUCCACCACUCCCGUCCUGUCGGAGGCGGAGAUGUCAUUAUAAUAAUACAUACAAACGGAAAUACAUACAUUUAACUUGGGUCUAUAAUGAUUACAAUGUGGGAUGGUAACGAUUUUAAUUAUGUACUAAUUCUUUCCUUUUUUGUCUACAGACCUAAAUUAAUUAAUUACGUUUAUUUGCUGUUUUUGUCAUAUGUCCAUCAUGCCUAUUGUUGAAGAUUUAACCAAACAUUCAUCCUUUUUUUUUUAAUUUUUAUUUUUUUUACAUUUUCUUGUCUUUGUUUUGAUUUUAAUGUUGUAUCCCUUGAUGCCUUUUUCUUAGCAUCAUUUCCAUUUUUGUUUGGUCAGUAAGCUCUGCUGUGUUUUUUUUUUUGCUAUAGCAUUCUGUUUGUACAAGCUUUAAUCUUUUUAUUGAGACUUUUGAAAGCUUUAAAUCAUGUAGCUUGAGGAGUAGCUUUUUGAAAACGGCUGCCUUUAUUCAGGAAAACGUAACAUAUACAGCUGGCCCAAGUGAUUUUUUUGAUAUUUUGUUUGUAGCAAGUUUAAACCAACUGGAUUGCUUCAUAAUUGCCUCAUGUACUACAAAUCUGAGGAACUAUUUAAAAGGCAGCCUAUGGAAAUGUUGGAGUGCUACAACUAAAUGUCAAAACCACACAUCCUUUCCACUUUUGCAAGAAAAUAUAUUCAAAGUUCAAGUAUUUUCCAGAACUGGGUAUUAAUAGGGAAUAUGAGGGAACAGAAGGCAGACUUUUUCAGAGAAUUAAAAAUGCUAAAGUUUUAGCUGUAAUGGCAGUGGCUGACCAGAAAAUGGUGCUGCAGCCUUAGCUGUUUAUUUUAAACUAGAGGUUUGAGCCUCCUAUUUAGCUAGCCUGAUUAUACAAGUAUUAUAGAUUUAUGUCAUGGGGACUUGCAUUUUGUCCCUGAAAAGAGGGCAAGCCCCCACAAUGUGACUGUGUAAACAGAGUAAUAUUCCCACAACAUAAGUAAUACAUACACACACACACACACACACACACACACACACACACACACACACACACACACGUAUCCCCAAUGUCUAUCACAGAUAACUUUCAGCUUAGAAUGAGAGUAGUAGUAGUUUAAAUACUCAUUCCAUCCAAUCUACCCUACCCAAACUUUAGGAAGGAAACCCUAUCAUUUUAUAAACAUUGCAGAUUACUAAACCUCUAGAAGGGUAUUUUUGUGUAAGGCCAAACAUUAAUCUCUUGGUGCGACAUCUGCUCUUUCCAAUUAAAUGGAAAGUGUGUGUGUGUGUGUGUGUGUGUGUGUGUGUGUGUGUGUUUGUGUGUGUGUCCAUCCAUCCAUGUUUAUUAGUGGAGUAAGCUUUCCAGUUUUGCAGCAUAGAGAAGACUCCAUGCUUAAAUAGCAACGCCACUUUAGGAGAAGGUCUUCAGAUGAUGACUUAAUGUAAAAUGCCAUGCUAAUUUGUAGUCUGAAUCACCAAAUGAGGCAAAUACAUUAAGGUAUUAAUUUUACAUUCUAAUUACAACUCUGUAGAUUAGGUACAUUUAACAAAUUAAUAUUGAUUUAGUGUAAGAUAAUGUGGUACGACGUCCUGUCACAGCUCAGGUGACGGCCUGAUGCUUUAAUUUCACUGAAACCUCCAAAUUCAAAGAGUUGCUUCUUAUUGCCAUUAGAGACUGAAAUGUCACAAUAAAAAACAGGAGUUAAAUUUGCUUGUUUAAAUUUUAUUUUAGGGUGAAUAUGGCCGUAAUACAUCCCACACAGUUCCCUCAGUUUGAUAGAUACUCCAAUUAAGCCAAAUAUUGAAUGUGGGAUUGUAGUGCACAAAUGGAACGUUAAAUUAAAAUUCUGUAUUUUUCUGUUUGUUUUCAUCCAUUACUUGAUACCUUUUUUUCAGUUUGACAGCACAAUGUUUUUUUCUUUCAUGUCUUGUCUUGAGGGGUACAUGAUGGUACUGUGUAUAUGUUUUCUGUGCAUAUGUUUAUUUUUAUGUGGAUUUUACUACUGACCACAAGUGCUGAGGAGGGAUGGAUUUCAGGAGAGGUCAAGGAAGGUUGAGGGAAGAAACACAUUCAUUUAAAUUUUUUCUCACAGAAGGCUUGUUUGUAGAUGACAUUCCUGUCUUGUCCUCUUCCACCUCCCUCCUCCACUGAGCACUGGCUGCCUGUCUGUCUGAUUAUCCCCCUCACAUAAACGUCUUUGUAAACUAUCAUCUAUUUAAAUGGAAUUUUAACAACUUUUUCUUUUGUGGUUAUUUAAGUCAUUUAUUGUGUAAAAGUUUUUCAUAAGCCCCCAUUAGAGCUUCAUUAUGUGAAUCUUUUCAUCAUCAUGGAGAUCAGCUUUUUCAGGAUGGACACCAUAAAGAAAGCGACUUGAAGUCAAUAACAGUUAUGAAAUUGUUGGUUUAACUUAAUAGGUUAUCAGUAGGACAGCAGCAACAACACACACCUGCUGGGGUCAGCACUUUCUUUAAAUGAUUACGCUGACCUUUUUGAUCUCUGAUCAUUUAACAGCUGAAGAAUGCCAGCCUGUUCACCUCUGGCUUGCCGACACUCAGUGUGCCACACUGCAUCCGAGAUGUAAAUGAUUUUCUCAUCUCAGUUUGGAUACCAGUGUAUUUGGCAGUGGAGGUGAAACAGACACAACUCUUCUCAGAUCAAAAGGUUUAUUAUAUUUGCUAAAGAAAAGUCUAUACAUUCCUUUCUGCUUUUCGGGUUGUGGUAGUCCAUGGCCAAGUAUUCAAAGUGACCUUUGUAAAAUAACCCCUGAGACUCGUUUCAUGUGAAAAGGCACUUUUACCGUUUAGUUUAAUGAGUUUUAGCAGCUGCUGGCUAAAGAGCCGUUGUGCACAUUUUGACAAAUACACAAGUAUUUAUUUAUUUUUGGUACUUUUCCCAUAGAUGGUGAUGUGUACGAAAAAUGUUUGAGUAAAAUUAUCUCUACUAUACAUUAUGCAAAAUACAAAAAAAAAA